AUCCCGGAAGUGGAAUGGGGAGGAAAAGGAGCUGAGUUCGGUAGUAGAAGUUUUCGCUGGGGCUCCUGGCUGAUGGGAUUUUGCUGGGAGAUUUCUUUGGGGUCUGUCAUUCCGCCUUCUCUGCGGACGCGGCGUGUGUUGGUCGAUGCUGUCGUACCAGCUUUAGCACCAGUACCGUAGAGGGAGCCUAUUUCCCCGCUGGGCCGUAGCCAUAGGUGGCAGGGCGCGGCCGGCAGCUCCUGGAGAGAGCCCUCAGGGGCUCCAUGAGGAUCUGGCCCUUUGGGAAGCCUCCACCCGAGUUUUCUCAUGCGGUGACGGAGACUGGCGAUGAAUUGGUCCAUUAAUGCCCAGUCAUGGCCCAACGGGCGGUUUGGCUGGUGAGCCACGAACCAGGAACUCCGCAUGGUGGGACCGUGAAAUUCUCCAGAAGGUUUCCCACUGUUGAAAAACGAGCUAAAAUCUUCAAUGGAUCGAGUUAUGUGCCUCUACCAGAAGAUGGCCCCUUCUGUAAAGCUCUGCUUUUUGAACUCAGGUUAUUGGAUGAUGAUAAGGACUUUGUGGAGAGCCGUGAUAGCUGUUCACGAAUCAGCAAAGCUUCAGUCUAUGGACUUCCAAUAGGAGGAAGAGAACUGUGGCCCGUUCUUGCCUUUCAGAAGAAUGGCUUGGUUUAUGUUAGUGUUCCACUAGUUGAACAAACUUUGUCUCCUUAUCCACCACUCAUUAGCAUUAGUGGAAUCUCACAAGCCUUUGAUCUACUUUUUGGGCUGAUCGAUUUUCUGGACUCAGGGCCCAAAACUGAAGCUGAUCUAAGUACUAAAGUGAACCAACUACCUGAUUUGCUCUUACAUGUUUGUCCAUUUGGCACUUUGUUGGAUACCACCUUUUUAUUAGAUAAUUUUAGUAAUCUUUCAAUAAAUCAAGCCCCAAAACAACCAGCCUGGAAAACCGGUACUUACAAAGGAAAGCCACAAGUUGCUGUUUCUAUCACUGAAAAAGUUAAAUCCAUGCAGUACGAUAAGCGGGAUGUAGCAGAUAUGUGGCAGGUCUACGGAACUAUAACCUGUAAGUGUGAUUUGGAAGGAGUCAUGCCAAAUGUUACAGUCAGUUUGAAUCUCCCCACCAAUGGAUCUCCACUUCAGGAUAUUCUGGUGCAUCCUUGUGUGACUUCCCUUGACUCUGCCGUUCUUACUUCUAGCAGCGUUGAUAUAAUGGAUGAUUCUGCGUUUAGUGGGCCUUACAAAUUUCCGUUCACUCCUCCUCUAGAGUCAUUCCACUUGUGCUACUAUACAUCUCAGGUGCCUGUGCCACCAAUUUUAGGAUUUUACCAACUGAAGGAAGAAAAUUCGCAGUUAAAAAUAACUGUCCAUCUAAAACUUCAUGAAAGUGUGAAAAAUUCCUUUGAGUACUGUGAAGCUCAUAUACCUUUUUACAACAGAGGUCCAAUCACCCAUUUGGAAUACAAAGUUAGUUUUGGCCAGGUAGAAGUAUUACGAGAAAAAAGCUUAAUAAUCUGGAUUAUAGGGCAAAAGUUCCCCAAGUCACUGGAAAUUAAUCUUUCUGGAACUGUGAAUUUUAAUACUAUGGGUCAUCAAAAGCAACCAGUUGAUACUGUUUGCGUUGGGGGUACAACCUAUGUAAAGCUUUAUUUUAGGAUCCCAGAUUACACGCUCACUGGGUGUUAUGCAGAUCAGCAUUCAGUUCAAGUGUUUGCAUCAGGAAAACCUAAAAUAACUACAUGCCGGGAAUUGAUUUCAUCUGAUUACUAUAUCUGGAAUUCCAAAGCCCCUGCACCAGUAGCAUAUAGAUCACUAUUUCUGUAAUUUUCUGGUAUCUAAAAAGGGGAAAAUUUAAGUCAAAUUAACAUAGUUAAAAUAAAAUUACUGUCUUUUACUUUUUAACAUGUACUCUCUCUCCAAUGGGAAUGAAUCAUGGAUCACUUUCUCUUUUAAAAUGGCAAUGUGUUUACUCUUAGGCGUUUUAAAAGAAAACAUUUUAAAAGCUGAUUUUUCUGCUCUGUUGCCUUUUCAUGGUUUUCUUGAACAAGCUAAGCACACAAUGGAAAAGAAUAUGGAUUAAUGGAGAGAGCCUAGGAUUUGAAGAGAGAGGACCAGGAUACAAAUCCCAGCACUGCUACAAAUAGGACCUUGGGCAAGUCACUUAAUCACUCUCUGAGCCUCAAUUUUCUCCCUCGUAAAAUGAGGAAGUUGAAUUGUAGAGCCUGUAAUGGUGAUUUUUAGGCCAUGUAUUUCAGUACCUUGCACAGGCCAAGCCCCUCAGUAAAUGUUAGCUGGUGUUAGUAGUAGUGGCUACAUUAGAAACAGUGGCUCUCUUGGAAACAUAGUCUUAUGAAAGGACAGAAUUGUUUUAAUGUGAAAUUGUUGAUGUUAGUCAGAACUUUCUUACUUACAAGAAAUUGCAUAAUUCAGUUGAAGAUGUGUGUGCUUAUUCCCUAAUAAAGUUUUUUCUUUAGAAUGACACUGCAUGUACCAAAAGGCAAUAAAAAGCCCGCUUUUUUGCUGUU